AUGGCCGGAAAAGGGUUGUCGGAGGUAGCCGGAAAAGUGGCCGGAAUCUGGUGGCCGGAGCUAGGCUGGGUUGUGCGGGGCUGCUGCAGGGGCUGUGCAGGGGAGUGCGGAGGCUGUGCAAGGCUGGCAGGCAAUCUGUCGGCAGGUGCUAGGCAGGUGUCGACAAGUCUCGGCAGGUGCUGCGCAGGGGUCAGCAGGUGCUCGGCAGGUGUCGACAGGUGCAGGCACAUGGGUGCGCAGGUCUCGGCAGAUGCGUGCAGGGCUAUUGGCAGGGGCUCGGUAGGUGUUUGCAGGGCUGUCAGCAGGGGCUUGGCAGCUCUCGACAGGUGCUUGCAGGGGGCAGGCACAAGGCAGGCUCAGGGCAGGGGCCGAUCCGAAUUUUCCGAUAGCCGGUUCAGGUGGCUUCCGACCGGUUCCGGUGAUUCCGCCACCUGUUCUGGGUUUCUUGGGACUAGGGCUUCGAUAUGUGAGGCGGUGGUUGUAGGAUUUUGA